AUGGAAGUGUGCUAUAAACUGCUUUGUGUGACUGAUCGCUCAUCCCUUGUUCUUUCAGGACUGUUUCACCAGUGGGGAGCGUCCCCGGUGGCCCAAGGCCCUCCGUACGUGGAGAUAAUCGAGCAGCCGAAAGCACGAGGGAUGCGUUUCCGCUAUAAAUGUGAGGGUCGAUCCGCCGGCAGCAUCCCAGGAGAGAAGAGCAACGAGUCCACAAAAACACACCCCGCCAUCAAGGUACACAACUACAGCGGGCCUCUGAGAGUGCGGAUCUCUCUGGUGACCAAGAACCAGCCGUACAAGCCACACCCACACGAGCUGGUGGGCAAAGAGUGCAAACACGGGUAUUACGAGGCAGACUUGCAGGAGCGGCGGAUACACAGGUGUGUGUGUGUGAGUAACAGCUGGAGUGUGUGUGUGUGUGUGUGUGUGUGUGUGUGUGCAGUCCUGGAGCCCAGGAUCUGGGAGGAGGAGUACGAUCUGAACGCGGUGCGCCUGUGCUUCCAGGUGUCCAUCACGCUGCCCAGCGGAGAGCUGUUCCCUCUGGAGCCCGUCGUGUCUCAGCCCAUCUAUGAUAACCGAGCUCCUAACACAGCCGAGCUCAAGAUCUGCCGCGUCAACAGGAGCUCCGGCAGCUGCCGCGGAGGAGACGAGAUCUUCCUGUUGUGUGACAAAGUGCAGAAAGAGGACAUCGAGGUGCGUUUCUUCCAGGACUCGUGGGAGAGCAAGGGCUCGUUCUCUCAGGCUGAUGUUCACCGGCAGGUGGCUAUCGUGUUGCGCACGCCUCCGUACCGCGACGCUAACCUGACGGAGCCGGUGCGUGUGAAGAUGCAGCUGCGCAGGCCGUCUGACCGCGAGCUCAGCGAGCCGCUGGACUUCCAGUACCUGCCUGCAGACCCGGAUGAGCACCGACUGAUGGAGAAGCGCAAGAGAACAGAGGGGAUGCUGCAGAACCUCAAACUGAGCAGCAUCAUCACAGGAUCCUCCAUGCCUGCAGACAGACGGCUGUUUAGUACCGCUAAACGAACACUAGGCGUCUCUAAACCCACAGCAGCCAGCAGCCUCCCAGCAGCGGCGUCUGCAGGUGUGUCCUCGUUCUUCACUCCUGGCCCGGGGCAGCUGUUCGCUCAGAGUCCGCUCAGACUGGAUCCGCCGAGCUCCAGCUGCAGCGGCGACCCGUGGAAGCUCCUGCAGAGUGUGACGGUGGACUCCCAGCCCAAGCCUCCGGUCUUCUCCACGGUGAACCUGUCGGACCUGCAGGACGUCCCCCCGAGCAGCUUCAUCCCGGCAGAGCCCCCGAGCGCCCCGCAGGACGCCUUCCCCAGCUGCUCCGAUGUGGACAGCAUCAACACCGAGGAGUUCCAGGCGCUGCUGGGCCAGAGCGGCUCCGCCUGGAUGUCCUUCCCUCCCAGCCUCCUCCAGAGCGAGAGCGCGGCUGUCCUGGACGACCUGGAGGUGCUCAGCUCCAUCGAUGACGACCGCUUCAUGUCCAUCUUCUCCAGCACACACCAGACGGGCUUUCUGUCCGGACACCCCACCUAACACACCGUGUAUUCCUGAGGACUUCCGACUGUAACGUCUCACACAGUGCCUUAUUGAGCGGCUCAGCCAAUCACUGCGUAGGAUCCACAGCCUCGCCGACCAAUGACUGUUGAGAACACCGAGCAGUUAUGACCACUGUACAGUGAGCUUCUUAAAGUAAGAAGAGUUUAUUAACACUUUUAAAGGAGCAUCGCACCAUUUUUAGCAAACCUGUGUUUUGAAGCCAGAAGUGAAAAACAAUUACGUUUUCAUUUUUGAUCAUUUAAUUAGUCUUUUAAAGUGUCUGGAGGGAUGAAACAUUGACAAUUUAAUUAUUCUUUU